AUGACUAUUGACCUUGAACAUAAUUCUAAUGCUGAUAUUGUCAGGAUAUUCUUCAUAAGACAUGGCCAGACCGACCACAAUGUGAAGAAAAUCAUCCAAGGUCAUCAUGACAUCGAUAUCAAUGAUAACGGGGUCCAACAAGCUAAAACUUUAGGUAAAUUUAUUGAGAAGGUAAAAUUUGAUAAAAUGUUUUCAUCUGAUUUAGUUAGAUGUGUUAAUACUUCUAAAGAGAUCUUAGAGUUCCAGGAUUGUGAUUUUGUCACCAGUCAAAAUUGGAGAGAAAGAUGUAUGGGAAAAUCUGAAGGUUUACAUAUUCAAGAUGCUAUUGCAAAAUAUGGAGAAGAUUUCCGUAAUUUGGGAGAGAAACACCAUGAAUUAGUUGGUAGAUUAGUUGAAGCAUUUGAUCUUGUAGUGGCUGAAAGUAUAGAAAAGGGUUAUACCAAUGUUGCUAUUUGUUCUCAUGGAGGUAGUAUCACAGCUUUUUUUGAUUAUUUAUAUACACAUGGGUUCAAAUUAAAUGGAUUAACAAAGAGUGAUUUAAGAGUUCCUUUUAAUACCUCAGUAUCCGUGGUAGAUGUUGCCAAAUAUACUAAAUUAGGUACCAUACAAAUGUUUGGUAAUACCCGUCAUUUGGGUGCCGAUUAUAGAGUUCAAGAUCAAAGAUUAAGAUAA